UCCACACGGCAGUAUGAUUGCCGGGAGGCGGGACUGAAGGACGUCCGCGAGUUUGGAUGCAAAGAGAUAGAUCAGCUGGAGAAGAUAAGGAAAUUAUUAAGUGCAACGAGAGCCGCGAUGAUGAAAGGUUACCCGUGUGAAGAGACCGUGGCGGACGGCGUCUGAUAAACGAGGGCUAGUGUAACGAAGUUGACCAGGCAAACUCAGUACAGAGUCAGCAACGACCUCCUGAUGGCUGCUGACCAGGGCUGUCCAUCACUUCUUAUCCUCCUGGACCUCACAGCUGCAUUUGUUACGGCUUAGGCUUCACUUGUUACAAUAAUGGCAUCAAUGGCAGAUGGCUCUUGGGGAACAUUAACCACCAGUCAGAAAGUGGCAUUAGCUGUCGGUGUUCCUGCUAGUGCUACAAUUGGGUACAUUCUAUACAGAAAAUAUUGUAGCAGCACUGGACAAGAUGCCUACCGGCUUAGUACAGGAGAUGUGACAGAAUGCAAAAUACGUACUCCUCUGGCAGUAUUCCAAGCCAUCACUAUUCGCAGAGGCUCGUUUCUUCAUGAGCUGAGGAGUGAGACAGGAGCCAGUAUUGAGAUAACCAUGGAGGAAACUGAGGAGAAUGACAAAAAUGAGUUGAUCUUUUUCAUUCAGGGAACACAAGAACAAGUCUUUAGAGCCAGAGUAGCCCUUACUCAAUUAGUGUCCAGCUGUGAACUGGUUACAGACCAGAUGAAAAUUCCACAGAGUUCCCUGGGUCGCAUUAUAGGUCGUGGAGGAGAAACCAUUAAAACUCUCUGCCAUAUCUCGGGAGCUGAAAUCAGGUGUCCUAAACGAAAUAAAAGCAAUCGUGCAGAGAAUGAAGUAAGCAUCAUCACCAUAACAGGGACCAGAAGUGAAGUGAAUGCUGCUAAGGAACUUGUCAUGGAGAAAGUAUCAGAGCAUGAAACAAUGAAGAAGAAAAUUGCUCAGUCGGUUGCUAUGCGUCAACAGAGGAAACCCCAAGAUGUCUUAAACCAUAGAAAUACACCAAACAGCACUGUGGAUUGGAAAACAGAAAAUCUGCAAAUGAGCAUAACCUUCAAGGAGAACAAAGAGAAUAAACAGGAGAACAAACUGCUAAAGCAGAUUUCGGAAUGUGUGUUUCCAAGUAGUAGAGCUCUGGCCAAUGGGACUGAGUUGCCAGAAGAUGUUCCAGUGAGUCCACAUGUUGAAAAAUUUGAGAUUCCUAGCCCAGACCUGUGUUUUCAACCAGAUGAACACCUGGAUGUUUAUGUGUCAGCCAGUGAGAACCCAAACCACUUCUGGAUUCAGAUCUUGGGGGCUCGUUCUUUGCAACUUGACAAGCUCACUAAUGAAAUGACUCACCUCUAUACCAAUCAGGAUCGUACGGAGAAAGUAUUGAAUAUUGCUGUAGGUGAUAUUGUAGCUGCACCAUAUGAGGUCCACGGAUCUUGGCACCGAGCAAGAGUUGUUGACUUCCUAGAAAAUGGAUUUGUGGAUGUAUAUUUUGUAGAUUUUGGUGACAAUGGUACAAUUCCUCCAGAGAGCAUUCACUGUCUGAGGAGUGACUUUUUAAGUUUGCCAUUUCAAGCCAUUGAGUGCAGCUUAGCUGGAAUACGCCCUUUAGGUGAGAACUGGACUCUUCAAGCCCUAGAUGAUUUUGAGAGUUUGACCCAUUGUGCUAAAUGGAAACCACUUGUAGCCAAGCUUUGUAGCUACUCUCAGAGUGGGAUGUUUCCAUGGCCUUUUAUUCAACUGUAUGACUCCAGUAAUGAAAAAAAACUGGAUAUCGGAGAGGAGCUAAUCCGAUUAGGCCAUGCAGCCCGUCAAGAGUGCCCACCAGGAGACAGGACUGGUGUUGAAGAAAAGGCAGAUGCAAGUUCUGUUUCUCUGCAGAAAAUGAUGGAUGAUGUUAGAGAAAUGGCCUCAGAGUUGAGUUUGUCUUGCAUUAGUCUUUCAGGAGGACCAAAUCAAAGCAAGCAGAGUAGAAGGCAACACAAGCAACUUUUUUUUUCUAGCCCACUUGGAAAAGAGGUGAUGCGCAUGGAAGUAGAAGAACUGUCAUCCUCAAUUUAUACUACUUACAGCUUAACAAGUAUGAGUAAUGUUAGCUAUGAGAGUUCAAAAGAGGAAUCCAGCAAGUGUGGUUUACAAGUGGAGACUUUCUGUUUACCAGCACCUGCUACUAAGGAUCAGAUACCUGGUCCUGCAAAAAAAUUGUGUACAUCUCCGUGUAUUUGCAUUAGCUGCAUGCCUACAUUGGAAUAUACAGAACUUAAAUGUCCAAGUGUGAUCAUUGGAGAAAAGGGCAGUGAAAAAUGGAAUGAAUGUAAAUGUGAGGCCAAACAUAGCCAAAAUGUGUCUACUCAGAGUUUCUCACUGAUGGAUUCAUCAGAUCCCUCCCUCUCUACUUCAGCUUCCACAUCAGUAGAGGAUUCUGUAUUCUUCAGUUCUUCCAAGGAACAGUCUGGCUCAUCUUCGGAGUUGCAUUCUGACCUCAGCACCACUUCAGCAACCUCCGAGACACAGUCCUUCUCUGAUGACAGCAGUGUGUAUUCACCCAGAGGUUGUUUUUAUUACCUGUCUGACUCUAGUGAUUUACCUCUAUCCUCCUCAAUGAGCUCUUCAGUAGAUGAGCAAAGUUCUGCUUUCUCAUCCACUACUAGAACAAUCAGUGGGAAUUCCUCAGAUUCAUUGAGUUCUACUGAAAAAAAGCUUAUUUGUCAAUCCGAGUAUAAAUGUAAAGCAGAGAAUGUCUACCCGGAUCACGAUGUUAGCAAUGCAGAAUGUGAGAAAACAUUUGACUUUUCUCAGUUGCGUUGCCUGUUAAAGGAAAAUGACCUUCCUAUAACAGUACUUCAGUGUGAGUUGGAAGAAGAGUCUAUGUGCAUCUCUAAUCCUCAACAAAUUCUAAAAUCAAAGAAUAUUUGUUAUUGUAACCAAGAUGGUGAUACAGAACAUAGCCAGCAUGUCUCCAUGAAAGAGAAAAGUUCAGAAAUUACAGAACAAAACUGUAAGUGUGUGCUGAUGAAAGACACAGAGGAGCUCAUUACUAUACAGAAGAAAACAAAGGACUCUGUUUUAAUAGCAGAAGAGGCUACUGUUUAUCACAUGCAGAACAAUGUAGAAAAUCUUCACGCCGCUGAGGAGACUUAUUUAACUAGAGAACAUCACUCUGCAGAAUGUAACAGUAAGAUGAUCCAGCCUUUAUGUAGUGAUUCGUACCAAGAGAGGUCCUGCAAAAUAGAGGGCCUUCAUAUUGACCCUAAAAUCAUUCAUUUUGAGAAUAAAGAAGCGGCCUCUAUUUCAGGAAGUGCUGAUGACAUUAUUGAAGAGGAUUCCUUUUAAGCUGAAAGCCAUCAACCACUUUUUCUUCCUAUGGGAACAUCUGAGAUAAAGCUGGUAGAAUUUCCAUGGACCAUGUUUACAACUGCUCCAUUUGUUUCUUUGCAUUUCUAUAUGUUAAAAAUAAAGAGCUGAAGUAGAAUGCAAGAUGACUGAAGUCUACUACUCUUGGAGAAUUUUCAGAAUCGGUUCCAGUUUGUGUGCUUUCAAAGGGUGAGAUGAGAAAUUCACACCUGACUCCAGAAUUAAUGUUUAAUUUAAGAAAGAAUCUUAAUGCUGUAAGCAUACUGAUCUCUCUGUAAUAAAACCACAGCAAAUUUGGCCAAAUUUGUUGUAAAAAGAAUGUGUUUAAUGCCUUAAACUAAAGGAAAAUAUAAAAAUAAGAAUAUCUGUUUUGAGUGAUUGAGAUGAAGCGUUCUUAUACCUAAUAUUGAAAAAUGCUUAUAUAUUGAGUUUUUUUUUUUUUUUU